AUGCUCGGUGCAGCGGAUGGGCAACCAGCUGUCACUAUUAACAUUUCAAAGGGAAAGAAAGGUCUUGAAGGCUCUGUUAUAGCGGGCGCUAUUAUAGGCGGCCUUGUAGUGCUCGUACUCAUUUUGGCCGUUUUCUUCGGACUCCGUCAUCGCCGUCGAAGAGCCAAAAGACAAACAGCUUCUAUCACAGAAGCUGGUCAAGAAGGCGAAAAGAAAAAAGAGACAUGUGAUGAGGCUAACGAGCCGCCCCCUCCCUGUCCUUAUUCUAAUCACGGAGUUACAUACCCAGCGGCUACUUUCCAAGGGGUUCAGAAUAGCAUAAUUCCUUGCCAGACCGAGCUCGUCCCGAGCUCAUCCAGUCUACGACAAUCAUUCGAUAGCUCCAGGACCUACCCAAUUCAAACCAACUACAGCAAUAUCACGACCCACGCGCCCCGCCCACAACCACACCGAACAGGACCUUCAAUUGCUCACAACCUUGACCCAAGCUCAAAUGGGCCUCCGUGUAUGAGCUGUGCACUACAUCAUCCCGGUGCCUCUCACUCGGGCGCUAUGUCUCUCGUUUCAGCUCAGGAUGAGGAUGAAAUAUACAAUCGGAAACAGUAUGUUUCUUCGGCCUCACCUCCACUUCCACCCGGCGCAAUGCCCCCGUUAUCAUCGCCUACUAUCGAAACAUAUGAUAACCAAGCCAAUUCGUUGUCGCCGCCUGAGUCGCCGAAGUCCCCGGGGGGAAGUAGCUUAAGUCGCUGGAUAAUCUCGCCUUUGUCUCGGUCUGGAACAGCGAGAACUGCACUUCCUCCCUAUGAGCAACAGGGUCAUGGACUACAACACCGGGUAUCUGAAAAGAAAGAGAAAGAAAAGGAUGAAAGUGCAUUGGCUGCUUCAGUCUACACCUUUAUGUAA